AACUCCCAGGAUUCCUUUUCCUUCGGACUGCCCUCCUCUUGGUUGGCGUGGAAAUCCACUGGACCCGCCUGCUAAUCCUCCGAAGGGGAGGAUGACUCUAUUUGGAGCCCGCCCCUGGGACGCGGCGGGUGGCCUGGGAGCUCCGAACGUGGUUUGCUGCGGCUACUGCUUAUAACUGCGGCUGCAGGGCAAGAGUCCGAGCGGGAACCCGAGACCCCCGCAGGAUGCCUGUGAGUACACAAGGGCUGCCCGGGUCGACGGGCUUGGCCACUUGCAGUGAAGAUUGAGCACUUGACCACUGCCCGAUAGGUGACAUUCUUGGGAGCCUGGAGUGUCUGAGAUAGAAGGGACGCUAGAACACGGAAUGUUAGAACGGAGAAAGUGGGCGCCUGAAGGGACCUUAGAAUGGAGGGUGCCCCAAAAGAGAGGGACCUUCGAGAUCGCCUCGUCCAGCCCCGGUUAAUUUUUCAGCUGAAGGAAACCAGCCCAGAGAGAGGGAGCGACUCGCCUCAAGGUGUUUCGGGGGCGUGUGUCCCCCUGACAGCCGUAGUCCUACUUUCUGCCUCUCUCCAAGACGAAUGUCUUGCCCUCCCGAGAGCUAGAAGGGACUGCGAAGGACUAACUCGGGGAGGGGGCACGGAGUUUGUCCAGAGAAGGGCCCAGGAAUAGGGGCAGGCACAGCAAGAUUUGUGUAGCUUGAAUUGAAAGAGGAAGCAGAAGAGAGCCAGGGGAUUUCCAGCGGCCCCCGGUCAUCCGCAAGUGCCCCGUGUACGAGUACCCCGAAUCAGGGCAGUUUUGAAAGGACCCCAGGGGAAAUCGCCUUUGGCCUGAAGUUUGGGAGGGGUGGAUGGGGACCAGUGUGUGACACAGGCACGACCGCCUACUCAAGAAAACCGGCCAAGGUUCUGUUUCAACUUUAAAAGCCACGGCCCGUGGGCCUGGCUGGUCAGGGCUUCCAAUUUCGGUUGUCAUUCCAGUUCCCAGGCUAUCCUGAGGGACCUGCUGAAGUUCGGGUCUGGAAAGAUUGGGAGAAAAAAAAGUCUUCCCUUAUUUCUAGGAUACUGACCAGCUCACCAGGCAUCAUUGUGACCUUUGGGUGUUUUUUUUUUAAGGUUGCAUUUCUUAACCCAAGUGCUCUAUUUCACCUGCUUUGAGAGCUAGCUGGAAGAACUUGGAACAAAGAAGACAAUGUUAGAAAAGACAGACAAAUAUACAUAAAAGAAAAACAUAUAAAGAUGGAGGUGGAAGGGACAGAGAUUAUUAGAAUAUAGAAAAUAAUGCUGGAAUGAAAAGAAGCUUAGAACAUGGGCUGUUGACUUUAGAGAAAAUGUAAUCCACCCCCUUAAGGGAGGGGAAGGGACUUGGCCAAGGACACACAUAAUUAGUUACUGGAAGAAUCUGGAUUGGGACAUAGGUCCCCUCCUAAAGCCCUUUUUUUUUUUUAAGCACAUGAGGAAACUUCUCCAAAUACAAACUGUUAAAACAGACAAAUGUUGGGGGUGGGGAGGGGUUGCAAGAAGAGACCUACCACAGAUGCAUUUCAUCUUCUCCAGCCAGGUGGAGCUCCUCUUUGACUUCUGGAGGGUCCACAGUCCAGCCGGCAUGGCUGUUUCCGUGCUGGUGGUCCUCCUCUUGGCCGUGCUGUAUGAGAGCAUCAAAGUUGGCAAAGUGAAGUUGUCCCAUUGGUCCCUGCUCAGGUCGCCCCCAAACCACAGCCUGCCGCUGACGGAGCAUGUGGACCAGGACUCUACAAACUCUGAGCCAGCUCGGGCCCACGGGGACCGAACCAGGUGGUUUCUGAGUCACUUGGGCCAGUCUCUGGUGCAUGUCGCCCAGGUGGUCGUUGGCUACUUCGUGAUGCUGGCUGUGAUGUCCUACAACACCUGGAUUUUCCUUGGCGUGAUCCUGGGCUCCGCUAUUGGCUACUACUUGGCCUACCCACUCCUCAGUGUGGGAUAGAGGGCAGGAUGGCUCCACAAGUUGGGGCGUUUGCCCUCUCCUCUUUCCUCCUUGAUGAAAAUCCCCCAGUCCUCAGGAGCACCUCUGCGCCUCUCUGGCUCCCCUAUCCUCCUCCUUCUGGGCACACCUGUCCCACCUCCACAGUAUUCAUGGAGGAGGACUUCCGGUGGAAGAGGGCUUCCGGUGGUGGUUCUGCUCCAGCCUAGCCAAUCCAAGCCAGCCUGGGAGGAGUCAAAGGGAGGCCGCUGAGCCAGAGCGGUGAGGCUGGGGCAGGAGGUCUCCAGAGCCGCUCUCCUCCUCUGUAUCGUGCCUUUGUUACAAGGGAAAAAGCUAUGCAGGGCUUAACUGGCCUCCUCUCUCCGGGGAAGGAGGGAACACACCAGCUUUGGAAACUCACCUUUCUGCCUUAGGAGUGCUAGAGAAUUGAGACUGCCGCCAGCCAGUGUGUGCGCAUGCGUGCGUGCCAGCGUGCCUGUGAUUUGUUGAUUGAUCUGAAAUUCAUUUCCUCCAUUCUUCUUGCAGGCUCCCUUUAAACAAGCCCCAGUUCAGCUGCUUUGGGCAUUGUCAGCACAAACAAUCUCCCAUAAUAUUUAUAGUGUCUCAGAGCUCUGGACGGGGAAUGCCUGAGCUUGAAUCCUGACCCUGGAACUUGAUAGCUUUGUCAUUUCCCCCCAAUGGGCCUCAGUUUCCCCAUCUGUAAAGUGAAGGGAAUGGGUUAGACUAAAUAAUCUUUAAAGUGUCUUCCUGCUCCAUAUUUAGGAUCUAUUUCCUUCAUAUUUCUUCUGGGGGGACACAAUGAACCAAGUAAGCUAAAUGCUGCUGAGGGGGGUGAGACAUUAUGAGGGCUGUAGAGACCCAGGGGUGGAGGGGAUAGGGAGGCUCAAAGGCCUCAAGUGCCAAAGAGGUGACCGCUGCUUGUGGAUGCCUUGAAAUGCAUGACUUCCAAGGUUCCAUUCAAGCUGGGAUUCUUGCAUGAAUUUUCCUAAGUGCACAUAGCCUGUCACUGGUAGAUGCAGGAACAUUACCCAAAAUUCCCAACUCAGGGCUCUUUCCACUGGACAGCACUACCUCCUUGCUGUUCUGAAGGAAACUGUGAAGUUGUACCAGGGAAGCAGAAUAUAGCUCCAGCCUCGCCAGUGACCUUAUUAGUCUGGGCAGCUAUUGCCCGUCUCUCUUUCCACCAUCUUAUUCUAAUCCUUUUUUAAUUCAGAAAAAGAUCAGUGUCAUUUAAUAACCUUUAAGAUCUCAUUUCUCUUCACUAACUCUACCCUGUGACUCAGCACAUUCACUUAGAAUAUUCAUUAAACCCUCCUAGUCUGUCUUGUUGGUCAAAGAUGGAAUCAAACCCAAGUCAUUUAUUCUUGCCCUCAGGGAGCUUCCAAUCUAAAUAAAAAUGUAAUGUGUAUUUUUGGCAUUAAAUUCAUUUUUUAAAAAGUGAA